AUCAGUCACUUUCCGGCCACUCCAUUGAAGGGCAGCAGCUCGCUCGAACGAAUAUACGCUGCUCAGUAAAGCCCUCAGGUCGCAUUUACCAUCAAGACGCUUUGACUGAGUUUGCGCACAGAAAUCAUGGGAGGACACGACGCUGGAACUCAGCACCAGUUCACUGGCAUCGCCAAGUACUUCAAUUCAUACACAAUCACAGGCAGGAGGAAUUGUGUGUUGGCCACAUACGCCAGUAUUGCUGCCAUUAUCCUCUUCUUUAAAUUGAAGCCCAAGAAGCAAAAGGCCGUGAAAUCAAGUUAAUUUAUAGAUGUUUUGUGAUGAAACUAGGGGUGCGGGAAGCUGGAUGUCCUUGUUUUGACCUUGUCACUUCAACUAUGUAAAGAAUAAAAAAAAAAGAUCACUUACACCAAACAAACGUUGUGUAGAAAA